AACGCCAUCGACGGAACACAGACAUACCUGCCUUGCGGGCUCUGAAGCACUCACUUCAUGAACCAUACGAUAUUAUUUCUGUCCUACGUUUAAGACUACUUAGCCUGUUGACGACCACAUCGCGCUAGUCUCUCGAGACACCCAGAUCGACGAUAAACAUCGUUCCUGCUUGUCAUGAACCGUCAGGAGACAUGGUUUUGGGUGCUGGGAGUGUUUGCGCUUGGUGUGGCGGCGGCGGAUGACUCUACUGAAAGUGCCUACGAUGCGGACCCCAUCCUCCGCUACCGCCCGCAAUUCGCCCGCUCCCUUCCCAUCCAAAUCCUCGUCACCGGCAUGGUCCUCACCCUCGUCUCCGUCCUUCUCAUCCACCUCAUCUUCACCGCAAACUAUCACUGGCGGCUCGCCCAAGCCAACUGCGUCCUCCAGAUCUCCGCCGCCACCAUUCUCUUCACACAACUCGUCGCGAGCCUCAAGCUCGUGCUCGAUAGUGCUAUACAGGAGAGCAGGGAGUGGCCGUUCAUGUUGACGUAUGUGAGCGUGGAUCUGCCCCCGUUGGAGGCGAGCGCGGAGGAGGAUGGGUGGGAGACUUCGAAUUUGGUGUUGUGGCUCUUGAUGAACGCGACGACGUCGGCUUUGAUCCAAAUAACACACAUCCAAUUUUUAACCCUCCUAUAUCCUUCCCGUCUCGAAGCGAGACUCAUCUUCAUCCUUCUCGGCCCACUCGCCAUCGUCGCCGCAAUCAUGCAGCUCAUCCCCAUCCAAGACAACUCGACCUCUCUCGUCAUCGCCGACGCGAUCCGCAACGUCUGCAACUUCACCCUCUCCCUCCUCUUCACCUUCUCCCUCCUCCUCUGGGGAGGCCUCGUGAACCGCAAACAAGCAUGGCGCAUGGACGGCGGUACCGCCGCCUUCGGCGCCGGAGCCGUCCUCCUCGCCCUCCUUUCCACCGCUCUGACCGCAUUCUUCAUCCCCUCGAAGAACCAGUACGAGUGGAUGUUGCCACUUACGUGGGCGGUCAUGCUGUGGCAGAGCUUUCUGGGGUGGUGGUGGUGGGUGGGGAGCGGGAUGGGGGUGGGGGAGGUGGAUGAGUGGAUGGAGAGGGAGGAGAAGAGGAGGGUCAAGAGGAGGGAGAGGGAGAAAAGUAGGAGGGAGAAGAGGGAAAAGUAUAAGGAGGUUUGGAAGGGCGUUCAGGAGAAGGUUAUGGGUGGGGGAAAGACGAGACAGGUCGUGGUUGUGGAGGAAGAGGUUAUUGAUGGGGAAGGAGACGAGGACGGGACGCGUCAGUUGGCAUCGCCGCCACUUUCGAGAACGACUUCGAAUGAAAGGUCAGAGUCUGCGUCGACGACCACUAUCAACACGGCCACGGGGAGUACACCGGCCUCGAAUAGUAACGCGGCCAACACGAACACUAACUCCCCACUCUGGAGACGCGCGAUGUCGGCGUCCUACACCCUGUUCCACAGAGGUUACCUCGGUCUUCGAACAGCACAUAUCUUAGCCGCACGCCGCCAGGCCGAAAAACAGGUCGUGAUCAUCAAUGAAGUCUAUGGCCGGGAGGGCGAGCAUGAGGUGGCGAAUCGGACGCCACGAGUGCAUGGUUGGGGACUCGGUAGCUUUGGACUGAGGGAGAGGGAGGCACAUGAUAGGGAUCGGGAACGGAUUGAGAGACGGAGGGAGGGAGUGGCUCAGAUAGAGGAGAGGGAGGAAGGGGUGAGUGGAGAUGUUGAGAGUAGUGUGGAUAUGGAGGGGGUCACGGAGUCGAGGAGGCGGAGAAGGGACCAUACGCAGACAGAGGAUGAUGAUGGGGAUGAUGAGGACACGAGAGGAAAGAAUAAUAACGGUGGUGGUGCCCCAGCCGAGAGAGAAGAGAGGUGGUCGAUGUGGUGGUGGGGUCCGCUUCGACGGUGGAGAUUGCAGGAUUCGACUGUGUAUUGAUUUGUAUGAGUAUAUCGCGAGGGCC